AUGACAGCCGCUAUGGCACAGCCGACUGUUACAGUCAAAGAUCCCUCCGCAGUGCGAAAGCGCAGAAGACGCGCCCCUGCCGGUGGCGCCUCUGACGAUUGUUUCUCUUGUUCCAAGAAGAACAUCAAGUGUGACCGUAGACGGCCAUAUUGCUCUCAAUGUCUCGAGGUCGGCAGUGAAUGCUCCGGUUAUAAGACACAGCUUACUUGGGGGGUUGGCGUGGCCAGUCGAGGCAAGCUCCGAGGCCUGUCUUUACCUAUUGCAAAAGCUCCUCCUGUUAGCCGUGAGCCCAGAAAACAUUCAACUGCUUCCUCAAGAUCCAGCUCUUCCAUUGUUACACAUGGAACAGAGGACGAGGCGAGAAGAAUGCGCCAGGGUCCUAUUGACAUUCCUGCCGUGACUCAAGUUGCUUCCGCUCCUACGACACCUUUCAACAUGGCAGGAUACGACUACCUCUCUAUCUCACAGCCUGAACAUGCAGCCCCCAUCCACCACCAAGGAAACUGGGGCAACAUCAACUACUCUCCCGCACAAGAUACAAACCACAACAUGCAUCGGUUUCCUAUGCCUCUCGUCACCGAAAACCUUUCAUCAUCCAUUGAUCCUCUCACUCCAGACGUGGGCUACGUAUCACCCAUGAGCCAAUCCUAUACCAGAGAUGACGUUUCCUACGUUCACAGCCCAUCUUACAUGUACGACAGCUAUACAACAAGCACGAGCUCCCCGGGUCCUCAGAGCCCCCCUUCCUCGCUUUACGUCGAGCAUGCAAGGACCUUCGCUCCAACAUCGUGUCCGAGUCUUGCCCACGCCCCUUCAGAGAUGAGCUCAAGUCUCCACUCCCAUACCGACACCUUUGAUUCGCAUCUGGGUAACAGGAUUGUUCGCGAUUGUGAUUCAUUCGGCGUGCCUGAAGUCGAUACAUAUAGCGCCAGCUACGGUUCUAUGCCCAUCUCCUGGUCCCCGUCGAUGCAGGAGGAAGACGUUAAAUCUCACCAUUCGGACUUUGCUCCCUCGGGAUGGCCCACCGCUUCCGAAAACCAAUCUGUUCAUGUGAGCCAGGACCUCAUCUCCAAGAUGCCCUUUUUCAUGGAUUACUACGAGAACAUCAUGUGUCCCUCAAUGGUCUUUAUCGACGGGCCACACAACCCUUUUCGAGACCAUAUUCUGCGACUAGCUGUAAACAGCCAGAGUCUGAGCCAUGCUAUUUGUGCUCUUGCAUCUUGCAAUCUCCGCAUGAAGAGGAAAUUGAGUCUCGGACGUGAUACUCGAGAAAUUUCUGAGAAGUUGAUGGCUGACAAACAUGCCGCCGAAGCCAUGGCAGACACUCAGCCCGACGACUUGUCCCUCGCCGAGGAAUACCAACACCGUAACUUGGCUGUGCACCUAUUAAACGAGCAGCUCAACGACCGUACCAAGGCAAUCCACGAUUCAGUCCUCGCCACGAUUCUCCUUCUAUGCCAUUACCGUAUGGUCGAGUCCGGCAUCGCCAAGUUUCAUACCCAAUUUGCCGGUGUUAGCAAGAUCUUGGCUCUUCGAGCUCAAUAUCUCACAGCCUCGAGCAACUCUGCUUGGAUGGAAGCGAUAUUCACAUACUUUGACGCCAUCUCUGCGAGCAUCAACGAACGUGAAGCUCAAGUAUAUCCUGGGUUCAACGGGAUACCAGACAUUCAGCUCUUACCUAUCGGAACCGAAAACCUGGUGGGGUGUGACCGCGAGCUGUUCAAGACCAUCAGCAAGCUGGGUCGCCUGAAUCAGCUCUCACAAAAUCGCUCUGUACAAAACACAUCGGCCCCGUCUAGAACCCAGGAGCUACCGGAGCUAUCUCCUUCGUCGUACAUUUCUCCACUGGGUCACGCUCGUCGAGAGUCACUUACACGAUUCAACGUGACAGGGGAACAGAUGGGUGAAUCAAGUAUUCUCAACAGCAGUCGAUUCAGUACAAUACUCAAUGAUGAUCUAGCUACGCCCAUGGGCGCACAAGCCAUCUCGUACGAGGAAAACCGCUCGCUAUUCUGGCAUGAGUGGAAGGAAGCACGCCUAGCUCUUCAGAACUGGAACUUUGAUGCAGCUCGUGUCAGUGCAUCACUGCCUGAGCCUUGCUCGCAGAGUCAGCUACGAGAUCUUGAGUCACUUUCUGAAGCAUUCCGCUACGCUGCGCUUUUGUACACGGAGCGACUUGUGAGCCCUUCGCUGCCUUCAGGGCACCAGAGCAUUCAGAGCCUUGUCAGUCAGGUCGUCUAUUACGCAACGGGCCUGGAUACUGGCAGUAGCGCCGAGAAGUUUCUGCUCUGGCCCCUUUUCGUGGCGGGCUGCGAGUGUGUCAACGAAUUACAGCAGAACAUGGUGCGGUCAAAGUGUCGAGAUAUCAUGUUCCGUUCUGGUUACAUGAACAACCUAGCGGCUCUCGAUGUACUGGAGAAGCUGUGGAUUCAAGAUUGGUCGGGAGAUGAGCCGUCAGUACUAGGGGUAAGGACUGGAGAUCAACGCGGGCCUUUCAACUGGACAAAGUGCAUUGGAGGACCAGGAGUUGAGGUGGAGUGGAUCAUGUUUUGA